AUGUCGUCGUCUUCUCCAAUUGCUCCCUCUACUUGCCACAACUUGGCCGAAACGCUACUCAAAGAACUCCGAUAUGAUCCCCUUGCCCUCUACCCCGAAAUGAACCAUGACCUCGUAGCGGGUAACCCUGUUGCCCGUGCACCCGAACCUUUGGCCGCAGCCUUCGGACCCAAGUCAAAAACCGGUGACCCGGUGGACCGUAGUGCCAAAACAACCAGAUACUACAUGGUCCUCCUGACCGCCGGAGACAAGGCUCUUAGCCCAGAAAGCAUCCUAGUGAUGGACGUCACCGACCCGAUUCCGAAGGGCUGUAUGGUCAAAGCUCGCGCCUUUUGCUCCGGUGUCGCCUUCAACUUCAACUUCAAUUUCUCGGCGGCGGACAAGUUCGACUUCAUGAAACUUUGCGUGAUAUCGAGUGAUGAUGGAGACCGCAUGAUGAUUGAUCUGGAUUGGGUCAGUAACUCCGAAAUGCCCGACCCGAACAUCAUACACAGCCUGGCGAGUUCGGCAGCGAUGAAGGCACUGGUGUCGUCGGCGAAGGAGAUCAACCUCGCCGAAUUUGUGGGUCGUGUGGGUGACUACGUGGCCACCAAAUUCGGCGAGGAGAAGAAAACCGAGUACCUGAAGAUGUUGACUUCCAGUGGACUCGGAAGUUUGGACUCGGUGGAGAUAUGGCACAUGUUGACUCUGCAAGACCGAGUUAUGGAGGCAGUGAUGGAAAGCGUCCGAGUCGGGCUGUUUAUGAAAAUGCCCAUAACCAUUGACAUGCCAAUGCCAUCCACCGCCUCCAUAACCCACCCAACUCCGCGGGCAUUGGGGUGGAAGGUGGGUUGCUCUUCAGCUAAAGGGUUGAAGCACAGGCCUUGCAUUCCAGACCUCAACCAAGUUGCAGUGGACCUACUGGAGGAGGAGGAGGAGGAGACUGAUAAAAGUAGUGUUGUUGGUGAGGUGGAGGGAUGCAAUGCCAAGAAAAGGAAGGCGGAGGAAGAUGCUGGAGAGGAAGCGCAGGCUGAGGUGCCCAAAACAGCUGACUGA